GAGAGCAGCCGGAGUUUGAACAGCGGUGGCGGCGGUUGGAGCAGCGAUGCUAAAAACAGUGUAAAAUAACCGGAUUAAAGUGGGAAUUAAACCGGAAUUAAAGCGUUAAAAACACCGGGGAUAGAAGAAGAUUUCUCUUUAACCAGGAGCCAUGUCGACUCCCAGAGGACAGCAGUCUCUGAUGAGGUUGGAGAGAACUCCACUGCGGGAGCUACAGAACGAAAAUCAGCAGCAGCAGAAAAUACAGAGCGUUAAAACUCUGAUUCAGCAGGAGAAGAACACAGAUCAGACUGAGAAUAAAUCUGAGAACCUGAACCCUACUUGUGGAUCAAUCAGAAGAGAUGAGCCCACAGAUACCGCCGUGAUUAACUUGGAUGGAAGCGUUACGUUCAGAUCGUUGGUGUGUACGGGAGGAGAGGUGGAGCUUUCUGAAGGAUCUGAAAUGUCGGAUGUCUCUGCUCUUAUUGGAGCUCUAUCACUGGAGGACGAUUCGGGUCCUGAAAGUCUCAAUAACACGACUGUAACGUAUGGAGAAGAUCAAGAGACCAUGAUGACCAGCGGCCAACAUGCUGACCACCCGUACUGCCAGUACAAAUAUGUGGAAAAUGUUGAUAUUUCUGCAGUUUUAUCGUCUACAGAACACUCAGACAUUACGUUUAAGUCCUUUACGUGUCCAGGAGGAGAGAUUGAGGUUGAGUUUGAGAAUGGGUCCAUUAUUCAAGAUAUUGGCUCAGUUUUGGUUCUAGAAACACCACUUGGCGAUCCAUCCAAGAGUUUUGGAAAUGAAACUGAACUUUCUGAAGAAUCUACAGAGCUUCCAGUGUCCCCCAGCCGCCAUAUUGAUCAUCUCUACUGUGAUAAUUCAAAGAAAUGUCCAAUUCCCAGAGUUCCUAAUGCUCUUGAGACCAUUGCUAAUGCUAGCCACGUCCAGAACCUCUCCAACAUAGAUGUCUCCACUGUUGGUAACACUACCAAUUUGGAAAACGCUGAUUUUUCAGCAGUUUUGUCGUCUAUAGAACGUGAAGACAUUACAUUCAAGUCCUUUACGUGUCCAGGAGGAGAGAUUGAGGUUGAGGACGAGGUUGAGGAUGGGUCUGUUUUGGUUUUAGAAACACCAAUUGGAGAUCCAUCCCAGAGUUUUGGAAAUGAAACCAAACUUUCUGAAGAAUCUACAGAGCUUCCAGUGUCCCCCAGCCGCCAUAUUGAUCAUCUCUACUGUGAUAAUUCAAAUAAAUCUCCAAUUCCCAGAGUUCCUGAUGCUCCUGAGACCAUUGCUAAUGCUAGACACGUCCAGAACCUCUCCAGAACCGAUAUCUCCGCUGCUUUGGGUCAGUUAGUGGAGGAACAUGGAGACGUUAUGUUAAAGUCGUUAAAUUUUUCAGGAUUGGAGGUUGAGAUUGAGAAUACACUCAGCACGUGCAGCGAGUCUGAAAUAUCAAUGCAAGUAAAGAACUUGGCUGUAGAUGGUCACCCACAGUCCUUCUCCAGUGGUUUUAAUGGAAGUGAAGAAGAAAACGAUGAUGGAGGAAGUUCUAGAGCUUUGUCUCUUGAACAUAAACAUGAAGACCAUCUUUACUGUGGACCCACCAACUCACCAGUCUCAGAACCGACCUCAGAACCAGUCUCUGAGACUCAAGAUCUCUCCAGAUUACAGCAUUGCUCUCCUGUCCAGUUGGAAAGCUCUGAAACUGGUGAAUCUCAGAGUUUAAACCCUGAAUUAGAGGAUUUGUUGGUUCCUGAGGAGAUGAUUGGUUGCACGGAUCUGUCCAACCAGAAGCAGAAUUCAUCCCAGCUUUAUUAUAGUGAGAAUAAGGGUCAGGAUAACCUCAACCAACAAUCAACCUCAACAAAUGAUGAAAACGAAGCCAAGGAAGAUCUGAGAUCUUCGAGUUAUCUCCUUACACACGACUCUGUGGAAGUGCAGUCUGAAAUCUGUCCACUUCCAGCAGAAAACGAAGGAAUUCCAGACUCUCAGUCGCUGGAGAAACUGGGAGAAACUGAGCUGAACGCUCAUGUUAGCAUGUCUAUUGAACAUUUUGUGGUUGAAUCUGGAAGCUCUGAGGUCCAGAACUUGUUGGCCCAAAGUUCUGAGUCAUCGUUCUCUAAACUUAAAGCUGGCACUGAUGCCCAAAGCGAAAACUCUUCUCCACGACACGCUCAAGAGACAUGCGACCAGCAGUCAUCCUCCUCUCCUAGUGAAGAAAACCGUGUGCCGACCCGAAACAACGAAUCGUCUCAACCUCAAACUUCUGUUCCCACGGCUAAUGAAGGUUUUGGGCCAGAAUCUGCAAACACCAGUGCCCAAAAUGAGCCUGCCCAAAACUUUGAAUUAUCUCGUUCCCAAGUUGCUGUUGGAACAGCUACUCAGGAUUUUGGGCCUGAAUUGGGAAGGACCAGUGCCCGAAACACUGAAUCAUCAUCAUCAUCAUCAUCGUACGUGAAUCAUGAGAGUUUUGGGCCUGAAUCUGGAAAUAUUUUGGCCCAAAAUACCAAACUAUCUCAUUCCCAAGCUGAUGUUGCAAUAGCUACAGAGAACUGUGUGCAAGAACCGGCAAAUACCAGUGCGCAAAAUGUUCCGGCCCAAAACUCUGAAUCCUUUAAAGUCCUGAGCACUGAGCUGAGUUUGCAGGUCCCUCAGGCUGCUGUGGAGCUGGAGGCCAGCGGGGUUCGGGACAGUGCUCUGGGUCUGAGUGGAGUCCACUCUGGUUCUGAAGUGCUUAGGGCCGAGAGUGUUCAGGAGUGUCUCUGUGAUGCUGUUCCUCUACACAGUCAGCUGUGGAGCGCUCUGACCCUGCAAGACCCGUCAACUCCCAGAAACAAAGCUCUCAACAGCAGCGCCCUGCAGGGUCCGGACGAGGGGAACAUGGAGAGCCGUCUGUGGCCGGAGCUUCCUGACAGCCCCCUGCCUCCACCCCAGUUUAACUCCACCGCCUUCCCCCUCACCCCCACCCCCAUCCCAAAACCCAACCGCAGAGACGCCAGGGUGCAGGACGGGCUGAAGGGGGCGGGGGUCAGGCAGAAGGAGAAGGUUGCCGCUCUGGAUUUCUCCUCCGUGGGUAAGGGUCCGCUCCAGCAGCAGCUCCAGCAGAUGGCAGAGCUGCUGAUUCUGGCCUCGGGGAAAAUCAUUGCCCCUGCCACCCCCGUGCUGCCAGCCCAGCGCCACGCUGUCGCGGUGGGCACCACUCCUGUGGGGCGGCACAGCGCCGCCGCCUGGACCACGCCCGUACAGCGGGCAGAGCGCAGCGUCAACACCUCGGCUCUGGUGGAGGUGGUGAAGCAGACGGAGGUGUCGGACGCCUCCACCUCUACUGACCCUCUACUGUGGAGUGUGAGCUCCAGCAGUCUGCAGGCUCUCUCCAGGGCGGAGCUGGAGCAGAAGAUGUUCUCCACCCUGAUCAUGGUGGAGGUUCUGUCCCAGCAGCUCUCCUCCACCCAGACCCCAACCUCCGGAACCGGCCCGGCUCCGUCCCAGCUCAGAGACCGACACGCCCAGACCGAACUCACACAGCUCAGCCAGACUGGGCCUUACAGGGAGCUGUAUGUGAGCGCUCUGGAUCGGAUCAGCGCUCUGGAGGAGGAUCAGAACACCCUGCAGAGUUUACACCUCGCCAUCCAGCAGAUGAGGAGCACUAUGACGAGUGUGAAGACGGAUACGGAGGAGGCUCUGAUCAGCCUGAGGCAGGUUGAAGGAAUCGUUACUGAAGAUCAGGAGGUUCUCUACAAGCAGGUGGGUGAGAUGAAGGCUCUGUAUGCCCGCUGUAUGGGCACGGUGAGGAAGAUGGCGGAGAAGUGUCGGGCGUGUCUGCAGGAGAGAGACAGUAUGAGGAGGAGUAUGGAGGAAGCUCUGCAGGAGAGACAAACCGUUCUGAGGGUGUUGGAUCAGCUACGUGUUCAUCACUCUGAGCAGGUCUCUGAUCUCCAGCGUAGCCUUGGAUCCCAGCAGGAGCUGACAGCUGCUCUAACACACACCUACCCACAGCUGGUGGAGCUGAACCGAGCGUAUGUGGAGUCUCUGUCUGCUGCCUCCGUCCUGCUGAGGGAGAAGCUGCAGGAUCAUGAUCAGAUCUCAGCUGAGCUGUGUAAAGCUCAGCUGCUGCUCAGGAAGAGCGGCCCGGUUGUGCAGAGGCUCCAGCAGAGAGCAGCGGCGGCUGUGGAGCAGAGCCGACUGUACCGAGCCGAGAGAGACCGAGCCACCGAGGACCGAGCUCAGAUGGAGGCGGAGCUACAACAGGUCCAUUCCAGCCUGCAGGAAGCUGAUCAGCAGAUCUCAGACCUGAACACUCAGAUCACCAUCAUGAACUCGGAGAUGGCGGUGCUGCGUGAGCAGUUGGGGGAGGUAGAGGAGGAGCGAGUUCAGCUACAGAGGAAGAGCACCGAACUCUCCGCCACCGUCUCCUCCACCCUCGCCUCCUACGCCUUCCUCGAGCAGGCCCUCGCCUCCGAGACCUGCAAACUGCAGCGUUCACUGCACGAUACCCAGGAGGCCACAGAGAGAGCAGACAGUCUGCAGGCGGAGGUGGAGGCGUCGGGGCGGAGGCUGGAGGAGCUGGAGGAAGCUUUAGCUCAGAGAGACGCUCUGCUGACCGAACUCCACACCGAGACCGAGAACCAGCGGCUGCAGCUCCGCCGCCUCACCCAGAUCCAGACCGAGCUCUGCAGCACCCGCGAGAUGAGCGAGUUUCUGCAGGCGGAGAAUGAGCUGACCCGAGAACAGCUGACUGAGAGUGAGGGGCUGCUGCGCUCUCACCUGCAGGGGCUGCGUGAGAGGAACCUGGAGUGUGAGGACCUCAGACUGGCCCUACAGCAGCUACGUGCUGAGAAGAAUGCUUUGCAGGAGGAGUUGGUCAGUACGCAGGAUAAUGCCCGCAGUAUGCUGUUGGAACAGGGGGCACAGCUGGCACAGGCUACACUCGACGUUUCCCUCCUGCAGCACAGACUGCAGUGUCUGAUCAGCAGCACAGUGCCCCCUACUGACAAGAGCUCUGAUCCUCCAGUCCAGGAUGAGCAGCAGCUCCAGGUUUCCCAGAAGCCCCAGAGCUCGUUUGUUGGCUCCAUCAUGAUGGCCCUUUCUGCUGAGCCUGAGAACAACACACCGGCAGUGUGUACAGUAGAGGAGGAUGAGCCAGUGGAGGGAAUCGGCAGUAAAAGCAGUGCCUUCACUCGUUUAUCUACUUCUGCAGCUCAGCAUGAUGAUGAUGUUAUCCGCAGUACGACGCUGGUGGAUUUGUUGGGAAGUCUGGGGGACAGCAUGUCUGAGCUCCAGUCAGCCAUCGAGCAGCAGAAUCAGGACAAAGACUUCCAGUUUAACAGCCUUCAGAGCAACAUUCGUGACCUGCAGGAGACGCUGCAGAACGAGUCUCACAGGAACAAGGUGGCGGAGGCGGAGCUAAAGCAGCAGGUGAUUCACCUGAAGACUCAGGUGGAGAAAGACGCUCAAGUUCUACAUCAGAAAACACAGGAUGAGAAAGCUCUGAGGAAGCUCUGCAGUGAGCUGGAGGAGAACAUGGAGGCAGCGAGUAAAUUCAGAGCAGAGAACAACGAGCUGCGGCGGGAGGGGGCGGAGUUACGGAGAAUGCUGCAGCAGUCCCAGGUGGAGGUGCAGGCUCUAAGGGCUGCGUUAACACGAUCCGGUGACCAAUCAGCAGCCAGCUCAAAGGAACUGGACGACAGAAUCCGUCUACUCAGAGAGGUGGAGAAACUGAAGGCUAAACUCUCAGAGGUGGAAGAAUCGAGAUCAAAACUUCUGGAACGAGCAAAGAGACACCAAAUGGUUCACACCAUGAAUCAGAGUAAACUGGAGCGUGAGCUGCAUCUGCUGGACGAUAUGAUCGAGGCGGUCAGAAAGGCUCUGUCGUCGGUUCCUGAGGUGGUGAGAAACUGUCCAGAGCUCCAGAAGCUGGUGAAAUUCCUGGGAUGAGUUUUUAUAUUUCAGUGAAUCGUCUGUUGUUUAUAUGUAUUUGUUAAAUGUAUGUUUGUUAAAUAAAUAAAAUAUUAAUUCUUUCUGGA